CGGGCCGUCGUUCACCAGGCGACUGCUGGGUGCCUCGCCCCGUGCUGGCGAGUGCAACUCGCUGCCCCUGACCGCCUGGGAGCCGGGCGCGGUCCGGUGACUUCCGGGGGCAGUGAACCGCGUUAGACCUGGUCUCUUCUCUUUUUUCUAAAAACGGCCUGAUGAAGCUCUAAGUCACACACUAGCGCGAGGUUUGGCUCUGACGCAGGUGUCACUUCUUCUCGUGGCUACUUUAGUGAAAGGCUGGAGCCGCGGUGAGGGUUUGGGGGCUGUGUUCAAGGUCAUGGCUUAUUUCUUCCUCAGGAUUUGUGGAAAUUUUAAGUAAAAGGGCUUUAGGUUAAAGAGAAGAAACCGAUGUCAUCAAGGUGUAGGAUGAAGGUGGACUGAAAACCAGGUCGGUUGAUGCCUCUAGUUGGUGCCGUCUGUGGUGUGUGGAGGUGGCCCCGCAUUCUGCGGUCUCUGUGCUGCUUUGCGUGUUCAGAAUGGUGAAGUCCAAUCUAGCACAGAAAGGUGGAAGGUUUCCUUUCUUGGGGUGUGAAUUGCUUGGUUUCUUUUCUUAAUGAACUGAGUUGCAUAAUUUGGGGGAAAACAGGAUGCCGCCGUGGGCAGACUGAAGAACAUCUAGAUACUCUCAAAUGCUGGAGAAUCUAACCAGCGUGAUUGUAAAGAACCUUCUCCUCCAGGUGUUCCCCACUGCUAGCCGCUCCUGCUUUGGUUGUCUUUUUUUUUUUGUAGUUUUUAUUUAUUUUUCCCCAAAGCCCCAGUAGAUAGUUGUAUGUCAUAGUUGCACAUCCUUCUAGUUGCUGUAUGUGGGACGUGGCCUCAGCAUGGCCGGAGAAGCGGUGCGUCGGUGCGCGCCCGGGAUCCGAACCUGGGCCACCAGCAGCGGAGCGAGCGCAUUUAACGGCUAAGCCAUGGGGCUGGCCCCGGUUGUCUUUUAUUUUAGAAAGUGAUUUUUCAUUUUCAUUUUAAAAAAGUGACUUAAGCCACUCGGUUGUGUAAGAUGCUCCCUGUAUGUUAUGUGUAGCAAAUGCAAAAAUUGUGUGUGUGUUUAGAACCUUUUCUCCCACAUUUGGCCUUCAUCUGGCUGAGACUGUUUUGCCAGUUCCUUGGUUUACCACAUAGCCAGAGGGGAUUUCUGAAACUGGAUUUUUCUCCCUGUGACGUCGAAUUAUUAACUGUUGUCAUUCCGGAGAGAUGCUGUGUUAGAUUCUGGCAAGAUAUCCCUAACCUUAGACAUAAAACCAUCUAGUCGUUCCAUUUGCCCGGUGAUUGAGUUGUUUCUCUCCUGUGUUUGUGAUAUAUAUGCUCAAAUUAUGCAUUGUUUCUUGUCCCAUCUUAUUACUUGUUUCCGCUCUCCAGAGACUGGCUGAAUUAUUCAUUUCCGGACUUUUCACAUGUUUACUUUGUGUUCAGCUCGUCCCAAGAGAUUGUGACACAGUGGUGGUCAGAAGUGGAUUGCUAUCCUCAUGGACUGCAUUCUGAAGUGUAUUUUAAACUUUAAUUGAGCCCCAUAUGGGGGUUGGCAGGCAGCAGAGAGGACCCUUUCAAGGUGUUCGAGUGAAGAACUCGGUGAAGGAGCUCUUGCUGCACAUCCGAAGUCAUAAACAGAAGGCUUCCGGCCAAGCUGUGGAUGAUUUUAAGACACAAGGUGUGAGCAGAGAGCAAUUCACAGAGUUGAAGAACACAGUAUCAUACAGUGGGAAGAGGAAAGGACCUGAUUCGUUGUCUGAUGGACCAGCUUGCAAACGGCCAGCUUUGUUACAUCCCCAGUUUUUGACGCCACCUCAAACACCAACGCCUGGGGAGAGCAUGGAAGAUGUUCACCACAGUGAAUCCAAACAGGACAGCAGUGCCGAUCUGCUGCAGAACAUCAUCAACAUUAAGAACGAGUGCAGCCCCGUUUCCCUGAACACCGUCCAAGUUAGCUGGAUGAGCCCUGUGGUGGUCCCUCAGAGUUCCCCCCGAGAGCAGUGUCAGGACAUCCACGGAGGCCAGGUCUUCUCUCCACCUCAGAAAUACCAGCCGUUUCAAGUCAGCAGCUCCCCGCACAUGAUGGAUCAGGCUUCGCUGUACCAGUAUUCUCCACAGAACCAGAACAUGCAGCAGCAGCACUACACCCACAACCCAACUCUGGAAUACAGUCCUUAUUCCGGAACUUCCCAGUCCCCCAACUAUGAACCAAACCUCUUUGAUGGUCAGGAACCACAGUUCUGCCCAAACCAAGGUUUUGCAUCCCUUCUAAGCAGUCAUGGGGCAUCUGAGAAUGUUGCUGUUCCCAUCCAGGCUUCCCCCAGUGUUCAGCAACAAAAUGAUGCCCACCUGCAGAACUUCAACAUGAUGCCACAUGGCGCCUGCCAGGCCAUGGCGGGGCACGAUGCAGGCUCUGCCCCUUUAAGCACUUCACUGCCAUUCCAGAACAUCAUCGAAAAUUCAAUGAACACCACACAGUUAGGGAAAUCAUUUUUUCAGUGGCAAGUAGAGCAGGAAGAAAGCAAAUUGGCAAAUAUCUCUCAAGACCAGUUUCUUUCAAAGGAUGCAGAUGGUGACACGUUCCUCCAUAUUGCUGUUGCCCAAGGGAGAAGGGCACUUUCCUAUGUCCUCGCAAGAAAGAUGAAUGCGCUUCAUAUGCUGGAUAUUAAGGAGCACAAUGGACAGAGUGCCUUCCAGGUGGCAGUGGCUGCUAACCAGCACCUCAUCGUGCAGGAUCUGGUGAACCUCGGGGCCCAGGUGAACACCACCGACUGCUGGGGCAGAACCCCUCUGCACGUCUGUGCAGAGAAGGGCCACUCGCAGGUGCUGCAGGCAAUUCAGAAAGGAGCAGUGAUGAGUAAUCAGUUUGUGGAUCUUGAGGCAACUAACUACGAAGGCCUGACUCCCCUGCACUGCGCGGUGGUGGCCCACAACGCCGUGGUGCACGAGCUCCAGAGAAACCAGCAGCCCCACUCGCCUGAAGUUCAGGAGCUUUUACUGAAGAAUAAGAGUCUGGUGGACACCAUUAAGAGUCUGAUUCAAAUGGGAGCAGCAGUGGAAGCUAAGGACCGUAAAAGUGGCCGCACAGCCCUGCAUUUGGCAGCUGAAGAAGCCAAUCUGGAGCUCAUUCGCCUCUUUCUGGAGCUGCCCAGUUGCCUGUCUUUUGUGAACACAAAGGCCUACAACGGGAACACUGCUCUCCAUGUCGCUGCCAGCCUGCAGUAUCGGGUGACGCAGCUGGAUGCAGUCCGCCUGUUGAUGAGGAAGGGAGCUGACCCAAGUACUCGGAACCUGGAGAACGAGCAGCCAGUGCAUUUGGUUCCUGAUGGCCCUGUGGGAGAGCAGAUCCGACGCAUCCUGAAGGGAAAGUCCAUUCAGCAGAGAGCUCCACCGUAUUAGCUCCAUUGACCUGGAGCCUGGUCGGCAACACUCACUGUCAGUUAGGCAGUCCUAAUGUAUCUGUACAUAGACCAUUUGCCCUGUAUUGGCAAAUGUAAGUUGUUUCUAUGAAACAAACAUAUUUAGUUCACUAUUAUAUAGUGGGUUAUAUUAAAAGAAAAGAAGAAAAAUAUCUAAUUCCUCUUGGCAGAUUUUAAUGUUUCAUAGCCAGGUAUCUGGGAUCUAGACAUCUGGAUUUAAUAUGAAUGGUAAAAUUGACUUCAAUGAACAGUAGCUUUUGGGUAGGAAAAGGCUUUGAUUUGUGGCAUAAGGCAGUGCUCAUGUAGCUAUUGCCAGUUUAAAAGCAGGUAAAUUGUAAACUUUUUUUUAAGAAAAAUGAAAGCAUUCGAAAGGAAAAAACUGAAUCUGGAUGUAGUGUUGAGGCUUCGUUUGGCCUGAUGCAUACCUGAUAGUUAUUGCUGGUGCUGGAAAGUGUCUAGUCAUUGGACUAGAUGGAAGGCAUCAUGGUUAAAAUUUGAUUUUUGCAUACUGUAUAUAAUUGUUGUUUUUGUCUUUAAAAGUAUUUGUACAUAUUUGGUCAUUAACAUGGCUGCAUUUAAAAUGUGUAAAUCAAUAAAGUAGAAAAGAACAAGUGAAUUGUAACUAUUUUUUGAAAUUAUGCACAUUCAAAAGAGUUGUGUCAUCACCCAGCUGCCAUCUCUAGAUGAGAAAGAUGGAGAGUUGUUCUCUGGUGGCUGACAGAGCUGUGUUUGAAUUGUAAAUAUGCUUUUUCUCAUACAUUGAGGUCAGACACAUUGUUUGCAGGGAAUUGCAUGCUCUUAAAGAAAAUACCUCUUUAUGGCUCACUUUCUAGAAUUUAUAAUUUACUUUCUCUGUUGAAAUUUUGUUUUACCUUUAGAGGAACAACAAAAAGUCAAUAUUGAAACAUGUCUUACUGGUUUUCUAUUGUCAAAUAAUGAUAAUGUACCAUGAUGUUUUAUAUUAUCAUUCAGAAGAAAAAUGCUUUGUUUUUUAGUAACCUUAAUCCUAUUAAUGUUAUUUUGCUUACCUCUGCCAUACGCUGAGGAGCAUAUUUGGCUUUGAUUGCACACUAAUUCAUUGUAAUAAAUUUGAUUCAUUAAAAACCUUUUUUUUAAAAUGAGAAGUCUCACGUGCAACUGACUGACUAAUCACCUUUGUAAUUAAAAUCCUUUUAAAAAGAUAACCUGUGGCUCGAUCACACUGUUUGACCCAAUAUGUCUUGUGGACAAAAGUUAGUUAUAGUUAUUUGGUAUCUGACAAUAUGGCUGUGACAUGAACUAGUCCGUUCACACUCAUGGAGAAACUCAUGCAUGGUUUUAAAUAAACGUUAAUUCAGUAA